GACCAAGAUCCUUCCAAUAGGAUGGAGGGACUUCUGUUCCUUCGAAUUACAUAUAGAUGCAUACAUACAUUACACAUAGACACACUAUAUAUAAGCAUAAUUCCCAUCGACAUCAUAACAUAUCGUAGAUCUAUAUAAACCAACAAAGCACAAAACAUGUUCUUCCUCUACUUUCUCCUGUUCAUUGCCUUCUACGCCAUAGCAAGGCAUCUAAUCCAUAAGAUCCGCAACCUCCCGCCCAGCCCCUUCCCGACCCUCCCUGUCCUAGGCCACCUCCACCUCCUGAAGAAGCCCCUCCACUGCACCCUUGCCGCCAUCUCUCUUCGCCAUGGCCCCAUCCUCCUCCUCCAAUUUGGCUCCCGCCGCGUCCUUGUCAUUGCCUCCCCUUCUGCCGCUGAGGAAUGCCUCAGCAAGAACGACAUCAUCUUUGCGAACCGUCCCCACCUCCUUGCAGGAAAGUACAUCGGUUACAACUACACGAGCCUUGCAUGGUCGUCCUAUGGGGAACACUGGAGGAACCUGAGGCGGAUUGCUUCCCUUGAGCUCCUCUCCUCCCACCGCCUCAACAACCUUUCUGGUAUACGGGCCGAGGAGGUCACUACCCUUGUGAAGCGGCUCGCGAGAAAGGAUGAUCAGGCCCGACCCGUAGAGAUGAAGACUGCCCUGUUUGAGCUUAUGAUGAACGUCAUGAUGAGGAUGAUUGCCGGAAAGAGAAAAUAUACGCUGAGAGAGUUUCACUAUUUAGUGGACCGACCCAGCUCGACUGGAUUAUUUGUACCCCAAUUCAACUUCCGAAUAUCAAGGUACUAUGGGGAGAAUGUCGCAGAGGCGGAGCUGGAGGAAGCGAAGAAGUUCCGGGAGAUAGUGACGGAGACGUUCAGGAUAGGAGGGGCCACAAACGUUGGGGAGUUCUUGCCGGUCCUUAGGAAGAUCGGAUUCAAGGGGGUGGAGAAGGAGCUGCAGGCGUUGCAGGCGAAGAGGGACAGCUUCAUGCAUAGCCUGGUUGAGCAGCACAAGAGGGAGGCCAAGGGUGGUGAGGAUCCUAAUCCAGAGGGAGAAAAGAACAAGACACUGAUCGAGGUCUUGCUGUCUCUCCAAGAAUCGGAGCCCGAGUACUACAAAGAUGUCACGAUCAGAAGCAUCAUGUCGGUUCUGUUAGCGGCGGGAACUGACACUUCAGCCGCGACAAUGGAGUGGGCGAUGUCACUCUUGUUAAACCAUCCCAAGGUCUUAAAGAAGGCACAGGCCGAGAUCGACAAUGUUGUGGGGUCCGACCGCCUGGUGAAAGAGUCCGACCUCACCAGGCUCCCUUACCUCCACUGCAUCAUCAAUGAGACGCUACGGAUGUACCCUGCAGGCCCGCUCAUGGUCCCCCACGAAUCGUCUGAGGAGUGCCACGUGGGUGGAUACCGGGUACCUGGGGGCACAAUGCUAUUGAUCAACCUGUACUCGAUCCAGCGGGACCCGAAACACUGGCCGGACCCCGAGAAGUUCAAGCCUGAGAGGUUCGAGGGUAUGGAAGGGGUCAAGGACGGGCACAAGAUGAUGCCCUUCGGAUCGGGUAGGAGAGGGUGCCCUGGUGAGAACCUGGCGCUCAGGAUGGUCGGCAUGACCCUGGGAUCGCUGAUCCAGUGCUUCGAGUGGGGCCGGAUCAGCAAGGACCUGGUGGACAUGACCGAGGGGACGGGCCUCACCAUGCCCAGGGCCCGGCCUUUGAUGGCUGAGUGCAGGCCCCGGGAGAGCAUGAUGCUACUCCUUUCCCAAAUCUGAGUGAAUCAUAUUACAUGAAGUUUUGGUGCAGUAGUUUAGCGACUCUUCUAUCUUUCGGUUUAUUCGGUUUCGUCGUUAAUAGCAGUAGAUGAGCUAGCGAAAGAAUACUAUUAUUGUUGCACUGCACACAAUGGAUGAGAACUCGAUACAGUCGCGAUAUUUUAUAAUACCAGUAUAAAUUCAUGUGCGCUGAACAUAAGAGCUCCUCUUUUAUUGAAAGCAUAGAAAAUUAAAAUAAUUUAGCUAUAUACUGAAUAGAGUUACCUAUAAUUAGGUAUAUUAACAAAAAAUUCAUCAUAUAAUUUCAAAAUUAUCUAUAUAGAUUAGUGUAAGAUAAUAUAUAUUAGAAUGAUUAUCAAGAGAUGGUAGUUUUCCGACUUCAUUCCUGCUCUCAAGUGGACGGAUCUGACUGGUGGGAUCGAGAAAAGCUUAAUUGAGCUGCAUGAGAAGAGGGACAGGUUCAUGAAGAAUCUGAUUGAAGAGCCGAAUAACAGGAUUAAGGAUUCUGCUUAAUCGGUCGGGACGAGCAGGACGCUGAUCGAAGUUCUGCUAUCACUGCGGGAGACUGAGCCUGAAUACUACAGGGAUGAGAUCAUUAACGGGCUGAUGCAAGUGAUUUUAUCUACAGGGACCGAUACCUCGGCCGGGACACUGGAGUGGGCCCUCUCCCUCGUCCUAAACAACCCGGAUGCCUCUUGAAAGCCCAGACCGAGAUGGAUGCUCUCAUUGGCCCAGAUCGGCUCAUCGAUGAAUCAGACAUCGCCAACCUCCCUUACCUCCAUGGUAUCAUCAUCGAGACCCUUCUGAUCUACUCGGCAGCCGCACUGAUCCCGCCCCAUGAAUCCUCAGACCAAUGCACCUUGGGAGGGUUCUCAAUCCCGCAAGGGACCAUGCUACUGGUGAACCUGUGGGCGAUCCGGAAUGACCCGAAGCUGUGGGCUGAGCAGGGGAAGUUCAGGCCCGAGAGGUUCGUGACAGGGCCAGACCGCCGUGAAGGCGAUUCGACCAGAGACGGGUUCAGGUUGCUUCCAUUUGGGGCAGGGAGGAGGGGGUGCCCCGGGGAAGGGCUUGCAAUGAGAAUGAUUGGGCUGGGUUAUUCAGUGCUUUGAGUGGAAAAGGAAUGAAGAAGAGAUGGUUGAUAUGAGCGAAGGGGCUGGACUCACUAUGCCCAAAGCCGUGCCCUUGGUGGCACGAUAUAGGCCACGUCCUACUAUGCUAUACCUCCUUUUUCAACUCUUACAAAUGAAACUAUAUCUUGUUGGUUUCUCA